AUGGAUAGAGUGAAAGAUUUGGCGUCUAAGAAAGCUGCGGUUAUCUUCACGAAAAGCUCGUGCUGUAUGUGCCAUAGUAUUAAGGCGCUGUUUUAUGAUCUUGGUGCAAGUCCUGCGAUUCAUGAAGUUGAUCAUGAUGCUGAUAUGGAGUGGGCGUUGAGACGGUUGGGCUGUAAUCCGGCCGUCCCUGCGGUGUUUGUAGGCGGUAAAUACAUAGGUUCGGCGAAAGACGUCAUUUCUCUUCAUGUUGACGGGUCGCUAAAACAGAAGCUCAUUGAAGCACGAGCUAUCUGGUUCUAG